CGGGAGCAAACUCGCCUCCUGGAUCAGGAUCGGACAUUUGCGUGGAGCACCGCCGAGGAUCGGGACUCUCUGCUGCCGUGGAGGCUGCUGAGAUCCAACAUCGGCGUUCCUUCAGAUGAUUUCAGGAGAACAAAAAGCCACCAAAACAUUCCCCUUUCUUCUGCCACAUCCCACCGGUUCCCUCCGCCUCUCCCGGUUCCGGGGAAAAGAUUCUACCGCUUGGUUCGCGUUCCGAUCCCGGUGCUGGUUCUGAGAUCUCUGGAUUGAUUGAGAAGCGCUGCUGCCGCUAAGUUUGGAGCAGCCCGUUAGAAGGAGGAGGAGGAGGAGGAGGAGGGACAGAGGAGAUCUGACACCGAGCACAGAGCUAUAUCUGUCCGCUGACUGCUGCAGGGAGCCGCACCGGAGCGCCACCGCAGGGGAGAGGGGAUUUAUCCAGGAAAGGGAUUCACGAUCUCGAAGUUGUCCGGCCCAAUGGGACUCCCUGAGCUGUGAGGGACGCUCAAGAAACGAGCAAAGUUAGAGGACUAAAGCGGGUGGAGGAGGCGGGGCAGAAGAAGGCGCCAGGCGAGGAGAGGUUUUAAAAGAAGGAUUUGGUCAAUCUGUUGGGGGUGCAUGCCCCCUCGAGACCUUUCCCUCCUUCUUGAACAUCCUCCUUUUUGCUGGUUUCUGCAUCACUGACAAGCAAACAAAAGGCCAAGAAUGUUCAGUAAACGGAGUGUGGGCUGGCUGAGAGCUAGCAGGGGCCUCAGCGGGACUUCGUCAAGGACUAGAGUCUGGCUACUGGGUUUGGUUUUCACUGCGAUCAGUUGGAUUCCCCUACCGGCCAGCGCAGAAGUAGAGAUUGACAUGCUGGGAGGAAUGGUGUUGUUGGACGCUGGUGGAGAGGGUGAGGAGUUGGGAGGAGGCGGGAGUGAGCUGGAAGCCUCCAUGCACUCGUCGCUGCUUCGUGACUUCCAGGAAGUGGCGGAGAGCCUCCGGGUGAUGGACGUUGGGGAAAUGGCAGCAGCACGGCAGGAAACGGCGACUCCCACGGCUUUCCCAGACUCCUCAGCGGUGGUUGGCCGGGUUUUCCAGAUCAAGGUGCCAAACAAGAUGGAGGAUGCUUACCUGGGAGAUAUCAUAAAGGUGACGGAAAUGGGAAAGGAUUCCCUGCCGUCCUGGCUCCACUGGGAUGUCGACAGUAGAAUCUUGCGGGGGCUCCCUCUGGAUGAGGAUAAAGGAGUUCACUACAUCUCUCUUACUAUUUCCAACCACACAAAGCCCUCCUCUUCCUCCACCUCCUCCUCAUCAGAGGUGUUUUCCAUCGAGGUUCACCCUGAAGACCACUUUGAUUCAGACUCAUCUCAGCUGCUGUCCAACCAGGCAGCCGUGGAAGAUCACAUCCAGCCGUUCACCUGUGGCAAUGAGGAGCCAGUCACCAUCCUAACGGUGAUUCUGGAUGCAGAUUUAACAAAGAUGAACUCCGAGCAGAGGGUGGAGCUCCUUGAAAACAUGAGGAGCUUCUCAGGAGUGGAGCUCCAGCACAUGAAGAUGCUCCCUGUGGUUAAUAACAGACUGUUUGACAUGUCUGCAUUUAUGGCAGGACCGGGCAACGCAAAAAAGGUUGUUGAGAACGGGGCGCUUCUUUCAUGGAAACUUGGCUGCUCAUUGGACCAGACCACUGUUCCAAAUAUAAACAGUGUCCAGGAUCCAGCUAAAGAAGGGACAAUGUCUGCCAGGUUGGGAUACCCUGUGGUUGGAUGGCAUAUUGCUAACAAGAAGCCACAUGUCCCAAAGCGCGUGAGAAGGCAGCUGAACAUCACUCCCACGCCUAUUCUUGCUGUGCUUCCUCCGACAACAGCAGUGGAACCUCCAGUGAGGAUUGUCCCAACCCUCUCUUCUCCUUCUAUUGCUUCACCUACAGAAAGUUCUGCUCCCCCUGUACGAGGCCCUGUACCCCUUCCUGGAAAGCCCACCAAUAAAAUUCGUGACCCUAUUGCUCACACCCCAACCUUGGGGCCACCUCAACCAACAAGGGUAGUUGAGACCACCAGCACGGUUUCCAUUCAGCCAACCAUGACCAGGCCAAACUAUGUAGAAGCCACUCCCACAUUACCCACUCCACCAAAAAAGACCACCAGGAAACCACCUAGAAGGCCCAAAACCACUCCAAUGACCCCCAAGUCCACUACCCCCGCCACAAGUACACCAUCACCUGAUGUCAUACAUGAUCCAUUCAAUGAAAAGCCAGUACUGAGGAAUCCCAUAGAUCAGGUUAAUGCACUAGUGGGCACCUAUUUCGAGGUUAAAAUUCCCUCUGAUACAUUCUUUGAUAAAGAGGAUGGUACAACAGACAAGCUGCGUCUGACCCUGAGAGAGAACCACAAGGAUGUGGUUGGAGACGAAUCCUGGAUCCAGUUCAAUACCACCAGCCAGCUGCUGUAUGGCCUUCCUGAUGUUCAGCACAUUGGGAAACAUGAGUACUAUAUGCAGGCAGAAGACAAGGGUGGCCUCAAAGCCAUUGACGCCUUUGAAGUCAGAGUAAAACGCUGGCCUCUCAACGACAAAACACCAGUCAUAUUUACUGCCCGCUUCGAGGGAGAGCCACGUAUGAUUACUAACAACAUCCACAAGAAGAUUCUUCUGGUUAAGAAGCUGGCAUAUGUACUGGGAGACCGCAACAGCAGCACGGUGAGUUUAAGGAAUAUCAGCAAGGGGUCAAUUGUGGUUGAAUGGACAAACACCAGCCUCCCCCAGCACCCAUGCCCAAAGGAAAUACUCAGAGACAUGAGCAGGACCCUUGGAGAUGCAAGUGGGAAACCCUCACAGAAGUUUAAGAACUACAUGGGGCCUGAAUUCAGUCCAAUUAAGGUUGAGGUGAGGGGCAAAGCAAGCUGCCGAACAUACUCCUUCAUCCCACCAGCAGAGAUUGAUAUCCCAGAACCUUCUGCAGUUACUCCAGGUCUUGGAUCAAGCCGGGACAGCACUGAUGAUGUCUAUCUUCACACAGUAAUUCCUGCUGUGGUAGUUGCAGCCAUCCUACUCAUUGCAGGAAUCAUUGCGAUGAUCUGCUACAGGAAGAAGCGGCGGGGCAAGCUCACCAUUGAGGAUCAAGCCACCUUCAUCAAGAAGGGAGUGCCUAUCAUUUUUGCAGAUGAGCUUGAUGACUCCAAGCCUCCCCCAUCCUCCAGUAUGCCCCUGAUUCUCCAGGAAGAAAAGCCCCCUCUUCCUCCCCCUGAAUAUCCCAACAUGGCUAGUCCAGAAACGACUCCCCUCAAUCAAGAGUUGCUAGGGGAGUACACAGCUCUGCGAGAUGAGGAUCCAAAUGCCCCUCCCUACCAACCACCUCCUCCCUUCACCACUCCCAUGGAGGGCAAGGGCUCUCGUCCAAAGAACAUGACUCCCUACAGAUCUCCACCCCCCUACGUGCCCCCCUAAGACUUAUUUGCCCCUCACCUGAAAGGGUGGAGGGAUGCUCCAGGAACUGUGCUGGUUUCUGCUGUUUCUGUCUGGACUUUUACAGGAAGAUAUGUCAAGAGGUGCUAAAGUUCCAAAAACAGGAGAUUAUGGUUUGGGUGGGGGUAUAGGAUGUUGGAACUACUUUGAGGGACUACUGGUUCUAUGGUAGCCCACAUUCUGCAAUAGCCUGACAAGUCUCAUAACAGUGGGCUUUCGGUUCAACCAAGCUUCUGAGAAGAAACAACUGGGAGAGCUGCUCUCCCUUCUCAGCAUUUUUUCUUAGAUUUGAAUACUGGAUUCUACUUUGUUUUCUUCUUUUCCCAAUAACACUUUCUUUUUCACUGGACUGAAGUGUUGCCUAACAGCCUUUAUUGUGUCCUGCUUUUAAACAACACAAGAAGAGAACAACAAACUGUCGCCAGACCUCUGCUUGGAGACACUCGUCUUCUAAAAACAGCGUCAGAUUCUCUUCCAAAUCAGAGAAUCUCAGAUCACCCCUGCAGACGAUGCAAGAGACGGGGAGGCCGAAGUGUACGCGUGUGAACGAGUAUUUGUGUGCGUUUAUUCGGAUUCAUAACGGUUUGCCUUUUAACACUAUUUAUCUGUUUUUAUCCUUAUUCACAAUGUCUAGUUAGGCUGAGAAUAACAAGGUAGCCUAAAAAGAUAUAGAGAGGAGUAGUCAUGUUCUGUUUGUUUUUAAAAUCAUAAAAUUUCUGGAAGACAUCUUUUUUCAGGAGGGUAGAAUGAAUUGCAGAAGACUGAUUUAUCUUCUGUAAUGCUAGACAUUUUUUUUCUCUUUUCAGUUCUUCUACAAUUAAAAUCAGCCACAACUUGUCCUGUUGGAUAAUAAAGACGUAAGAAAAAAAUGAGUGGGGUGGGCCUCAUGGUCUCAGCUGCUGACCACAAACAUUUCAACCAAAAAAUGCAUCCCAGCUGACAAAGUUACCCAAUAUUGUAACCACAGUGGCAAGGAAAUACUAUGGAAUUUUCUCUUAAUUAACAUUGAUAACAUUGGAGACCAGUUUUGGUAAGAAUAAAAACACAAACGUGAGAAAAGUAUAUCCUCUUAGUACAUACUGUGCCUUUAGGUUUUAUAAACUAUUAAAAAAAGGU